AUGGAUAGUUACACCAGUGAUGAAGACACAGAUGAGGACUUUGAUACCCAGCUCAUCAUCCAGCAGAGCUUACAGGACACUCACCAGCUGAGGACUACACAGCAGGCAUCUGCAGAUGAGAGCUUCCACUCCUUUUUGAGCUCGGACUACAAGAAGAUAAUUGAAGCAUUGUCAACAGGUAAGGAAGAUGCAUUGUCACACUUGACCAAGCACCAUUCUGCUUUUGAUGAAGCAGAUGGGCUAGGCUGGCUUCCUCUGCAUAAGGCUGCAGUGCAGUUAAAUAAGAACAUUUUGGAAAUAACCCUGAAAGCUUCAAAACCCAGCAUGUGGGAGCAAACCACGCACAAUGGUGAAACGCCACUUUUUUUGGCUGUCAGCACUUGCCUCUUGGAAAAUGCCCAUUUUCUUCUUCUCAGUGGCUGCAAUCCAAAUGCCAAGAAUAAUGAAGGCAAUUCGUCUCUUCUUACAGCUGUUCUGCGCAACUCCUAUGAGAUGGCUUCCUUGCUGAUCAGCUCUGGGGCAGACGUGAAUCUGCGGUGUACCAACGGAAGGACAGCUCUCCACGAAGCAGCCAGACUGGGCAGGCAGGGCAUAGCGAAGCUGAUGUUGGUUUCUGGGGCACACCCUGACCCACAGAGCUCCUACGGAUUCACUCCUCUGGCUCUUGCUGCCCAAAGUGGACACACUGAAAUCAUGGAAAUGUUACUGCAGAAAGGAGCUAAUGCUCUUGGUCAGGCCUCAGACUCUUCUUCCAUCUUACUUGAAGCUGCUAGUGGAGGAAAUCCAGACUCUGUGGCUCUUCUACUAGAGCAUGGAGCUGAUGCCAACAUCCCCAAGAAUUCAGGCCACCUGCCCAUUCAUGUGGCAGCUGACAGAGGCCACUUGUUAGCCCUAAAGAUUUUGGUUCCAGUGACAGAUCUUGCUGCCAUUAAGCGGAGUGGCAUCAGUCCCGUCCACUGUGCAGCAGCAGGGGCACACCCCGAAUGCCUGGAACUCCUCAUCCAGGCGGGAUUUGAUGUAAAUUUCAUGCUAGAUCAGAGAAUUCGCAAACACUAUGAUGACCACAGGAAGUCAGCUUUGUAUUUUGCUGUAUCAAAUGGUGACCUCUCUUCAGUUAAGCUGCUUCUGAGUGCUGGAGCUCUGCCUAACCAGGACCCAGUUAACUGCCUCCAGAUAGCCCUACGGAUGGGCAACUAUGAGCUGAUAAGUCUGCUGCUACGUCAUGGGGCCAACGUCAAUUAUUUCUGCAGAGUCAACCCUUUACAUUUCCCAUCAGCACUGCAAUACACACUGAAAGAUGAAGUCAUGCUCAGGAUGCUAUUGAAUUAUGGGUAUGACAUAGAGCGAUGCUUUGAUUGUCCUCAUGGAGACAAAGUUCAUCCUUGCUAUACUUUUGAAGGCUGGACAUCUACAGUUAUCAAAGAUACUAUGUUCUGUGAAGUAAUAACAUUGUCAUGGCUGCAACAUCUCUCUGGGAAGGUUGUUCGAGUGAUGCUUGAUUACGUCGAUCAAGUUCGAAUCUGUUCAAAGUUGAAAGCUGUGCUCCAAAAACAGGGGCUCUGGUCAGAAAUCCAUUUGAUCUUGACAAACCCUCGACCCCUCAGACAUCUGUGCCGCCUGAAGAUCCGGCAGUGUAUGGGGCGCUUACGUCUGCGCUGCCCGGUCUUCAUGUCCUUCCUUCCAUUACCAAACCGUCUCAAAGCCUAUGUCCUUUACAAAGAAUAUGACCUUUAUGGACAAGGAAUUUUCACAGGAACCUGGUAGUCAAACCGUUCUGGAUGAAAAGGUAUAAUUCUGUAAGCUGUAUUUCUUAAAGUUUGACUUGUUACAUAUGAUUCAGUAU